UUUCCGAGUCAUCGUCAUGUUAGUCAGAGAAAUGGUUGCCUGACGAGCAUCACCGUUCACUGGGAUCCGGGAACCGAAUUAAAAUGUAAAUACAGCAACAGUAACAUCUUUCCAGAUGAGAUGCGCGUUUUUCUCUGCGGUGCACGCGGAUGACAGCACACAAUAUCUACUCAACCACCAUCCAUCGCCAUGAACAUGCAUAUGUGGAUAUUGGACAUACUGUCUUUCGCCACGUUUUUCACCUUAAUUGAGAUGUUCGACAUUUAUGGGGAUAUAUGUACAGGCCUGUGCGUCUGCGAAGAAAGAGACGGGAUUUUUACAGCCAGCUGUGAAAACAGAGGAAUUAACAAUCUGUCUGAGGUAACACCUUUACACUUCACUGCUUAUCAUCUUCUGCUCACAGGGAAUCUGUUAAAGAAAGUCUCGCUCAACGAUUUCGUUCAGUAUGAAGGACUCACCAUUUUACAUCUAGGCAACAACGAUAUAUCAGAAAUCGAAGGUGGCGCUUUUAAUGGACUCCAGGGAUUAAAGCGAUUGCACCUAAACAAUAACAAAAUUGAGGCACUAAAGGACGACACAUUCCUCGGACUUGAAAGCCUGGAGUACCUACAGAUUGACUAUAAUUAUAUUAGCCACAUUGAACCGAAAGCCCUGAGCGUUUUACGUCACUUAGAGGUGCUCAUCCUCAAUGACAAUUUACUAUCCGCUCUGCCAAACAACAUCUUUCAGUAUGUUCCUUUAACUCAUCUCGACCUGAGAGGCAAUCAACUCAAAGUGCUUCCCUAUAUCGGCCUUCUGGAGCACCUGAGUCACAUUGUGGAGUUACAGCUCGAAGAAAACCCAUGGAAUUGUUCUUGCGAAUUAAUUGCGCUAAAAGCCUGGCUUGAAAGCAUAUCUUACACUGCUUUGGUCGGAGAUGUGGUUUGCGAGACUCCCUUUCGAUUGCAUGGACGAGACCUCGACGAAAUCUCAAAGCAAGAACUGUGUCCCCGCAGAGCCAUCGCCGAAUACGAAAUGCGCGCAGAACCGGCUCACAGCAGCGAGAUCCUCUACAAAACCACGUCAGCGACAUUCACAGCGGGUUUUGCAUCUUCAACCAUCUUGCGCGCCACAAAAAGCAGCCGUUUAUCAGGAAAACUUCGCAUUAAACCCACUUCGCGCUCGUCUUCAAGCAAGCCGCAGAAUUAUGGUCCAAUGUUGGCCUACCAAACCAAAUCUCCGGUUCCUCUAGACUGUCCCAAUGCAUGCACAUGCAAUCUCCAAAUUUCAGACCUCGGGUUGAACGUCAACUGCCAAGAGCGGAAAAUCGAAAGCAUCUCGGAUCUUUAUCCCAAGCCGUACAACCCCAAAAAAAUGUACCUAACCGGAAACUACAUCUCUUCGGUGUGCAGUUCCGACUUCAAUGGCGCAACCGGAUUGGAUUUGCUCCACUUAGGCAACAACCGCAUAGCCGUCAUUCACGAUAAGACAUUCGGCCAACUUAUACACUUAAGAAGGCUUUACUUAAACGGCAACUUAAUCGAGCGUCUCACCGAGGAUAUGUUUUACGGUUUACAAAGCUUGCAGUUUUUGUAUUUGGAGUAUAACGUUAUUCGAGAGAUCGCAGUUGGUGCCUUUCAACAUGCGCCCAAUCUUCAAUUGCUGUUUCUCAACAACAACCUCCUCAAGACUCUACCACUGGGCGUCUUUGACGGAUUAAGCCUGGCUCGAUUGAAUCUGCGCAGCAACCAUUUACGAACUCUUCCGGUCGGCGGCAUUCUCGAAGACCUAACGGCGCUGGUGCAGAUCGAUCUCUUCGAGAACCCUUGGGAUUGCUCGUGUCUCGCGAUGGAGAUGAAAAACUGGUUGGAGCAGCUCAGCACCGGUACCGUGGUGAACAGCGUCAUUUGCGAAUCUCCGCUGAGUCUCUCAGGCGAGGAUAUGCGAUACGUUCGCGCAUCUGAUCUCUGCCCGGAAAGCUCAAAUGCGCAAUCUUCCGUCAUGCCGCCCUCGGAGGAAUCCUUUCCUGGUAGUACCAUCACUUUAGAAACAGCCUUGGAUUAUGACACGCAGUAUCCCACAGUCCCCCUUUCUGUUCUUAUUCUCGCUUUGUUGCUACUUUUUAUAUUAUCUGUUUUCGUCGCCGCUGGAUUGUUUGUUGUCAUAAUGAAGCGGCGUAAAAAGUCUGAACGCCUGGCUUCGGUAACCGCCAAUGCAAGCUCCUUCAAUGCAAUCUACACCGACAGGGCAAAGUCUAGAACAUCGGUGGGCCACGUCUACGAAUACAUCCCACCCUCAACAGAAAGCGCUGCGAAAAACGGCCCCUAUAGUGAAAGAAAUGCAAUCGAGAAUUACAGAGACUUCGAAGAACUCAAUAGAGUUCUGGCAUCCAAUAAUUCGGAUGAAGACGUCAGGAGCAACGCGAUAAGCUCCGAGUUUAGCGCUGGCACUCCAGACGCCCUCAACAGACAUUCUCCUCUCUUGGACGACAAUUACUUUUACCGAGAUAUCUUGGCUAGGGACCAGCAGGCCUCUUACAGGGGUAAUUUAGCAUGUAAGCAUGGCACACAUGCAUCAGCUCACUGCGCGCCAGACUUUGAUGUGAGACAUCAAUACUUGAAUCCGGAAAGGGUACAGCAGACCAUGGUAUACUGCUCGACGCCAACCACCGUCUACAUAGAGCCCAACAGAAGCGAAUACUGGGAACUGAAAGCCAAGCUUCAUUUUGAACCAGACUAUUUGGAGGUUCAUGAGAAAAGGACGACCUUCACACAGUUCUGAAAUAUGGAUUUUUCUUAAUUUUUUUUUUUAGUUUGGGAGAAAUCAUUUUAUCUGAGAGAUAUUAGGGUGAAUCUCACAAAAAAAAUAUGAUUGCACUUCAAAAUUCAAAAGAAAGAAAAUUUGCUUUUAUAUUUUUAAUUAAAUAUUAUUUUAUAUUUAUAAUAGUAUUUUUUCUUUGGCAUUGUGACAUUUUGCUGGACAAUUAAACCAGUUUUCCCCCAUUUCCAUUUUCAUUUUGCAAAAAAAGAAAAGAAAAAAACACUAAAAUAAUAAUAAUAAUUCUAUAUUUCUCAUUAAUGUGGAAAAAAAAUAAUUUAAUAAAUUAUCUAUACAUCAUAUUUAUAAAUGUAUAUUUUAUUUAGAUUUUGCAUAAAGAAAAUGAAGCCUAGUUAUUAUUAUUUGUUUUUAUUUAUUUAUUAAUUUUAUUUUGCAUUGUGACAUUUUGCCGGACAAUUAAGCAAAUUAUAUAUAUAUUUCACAGUGAAACAAAUUUUAAUGAUCCUUCAAACCAGGUUUAUAUUUCCAAUGCAAAAUAUUUUUUUUCUUUUAAAUGUUGGGUUUUUUGUGAGAUUCGCACCAUAUUCUCAUACAUAUCAUGCAUCGGAAACAUAAAUACAACCGUCUUUUACUUCUGUAUCAUCUGUUUAAUACAUUCAGAGAUCCAUGAAUGAUUUCUGUGUGUGAAUAUAAAAGUGACACUUGUCUUUAAAGAUGUUGUGACCGUUCACAUUUAUAUCAAGGCUUUUCCUCACUUGUGAUGAAAGGGACAAUCUGUUUCAUUGUGUUUUAUGGACACAUUCUUACCGGUGUACUCAUCUAUCGAUUCUGCAGAUCUUUGCACUUUUUUUGCACUGGUUAAAUUAUAUUAAGAAAAUUUUUUUGUAACAUUUAUAUUGACAGUCCUGGCAGGCAAACCAAUUACUUUUUAGAUUUAAUUAGCAAUGCUGGGAAAAAUGUUUUUUUGGAGUUUGUGUACAUUAUCUAAAAGGCAUAUGCAGUCAAAGCACAAAAUGUACAGUAUAUAACCUACAGCCUGCAGGUCACAGUGGCUGUGCAAUAUUGUAAACUCCCUUUAAAUGUUGGUGGCGUUUGUCCACCCACGUCGGCUAAUAAGAAGCGCCAUGAGAGCGGUCAUGGGAGAAGACAAAACGACUACAGGGAAAGUGUGUAAAGCCAAAAAUGAAUCCCCUUCCCCCUUGCUAUUUUCCUUCAGUUUUCUGAUGUGUGACUCAGUGAAGGAAACAACAACUCGAGCCUCUUUUUACACAAGGGUUUGUUAUUCAGCAAAUGCCAAUGAAAAUUUCAUGCAGGGCUUGAGGCGGUCUGGAGAGAUUGUUAUGCAAAAACAGCAGUCGCUGCGGCACGUCAGUGUUUCUUCUCAUUUCUAUUGCCUGUACAGGAUUUUGACUGAAAAUAGCAAUUAUUUGAUGGAUUUAUAAGUCACUAUCAUGACUAUUAUAUCGUGUCAUUUCUGUGUUUACAUGUGCAAACCGAAUGAAUUACAGACUGAACAAAGUGUGUCAGUUUUUGCACUGAUUUUGUCUUCAACACAUCACAAUAUCCAGUAUAUUUGGAGCAGAUGUUCCUAAAUUUAAUCUCAUGAUAACAAGACAGAUACCAUAUGGAUGUUUGCUUCAACCAGGAAUGGACAAUAUAGGUAAAACUUUUCAGCUGCUACAGCUAAUUUGUGGAAAAACAGUCCAAACUAGACACAGUAUGUCAGUUUUUGCACUGAAAUUUUGUCUUAAAUAAA